AAAAAUUGUUCAUGUGUCAACUAGCGAAAUUCAUUAAAAAAAAAAAAGAAAUUGCGGAGUUGAAACAUAUUAACGAAAAAAAAAAAAAGUUAUUUUUUAACAGAUGGCAAGAAGGCAAUUUUGGUCUGAACAUUUUUUCAUCUGGAGCCAACAAGUAAAACAGAGGACAUUUUUCACUUAUUGAGAUAUUCACAAAAAAGAAAAAAAUAAAAAAUAAAAAAAAUAAAAACGAAAUAUGAUUUCCCUAUGCCAUUUUUGGACAUUCUGCUUCUUUUUUAAAUUUUUCUCAUUCUUAUCUGUGGUAGCCUACUUAAACGAGGAUUCCCUUGUCGUUUUCUGUUAAUAUCAUUACAAAUAGAGCCCUCUUAACAUAAAGAAAAACAUUAUAAGGGUUGAAGUAUGAACUUGUCUGACCUUGUUCAUAGAAGUGCAGGAGAUAACAGCAACAAGAACAAUCUUAAAGAUAGCUUGACGGGCAAUUCCAACAAUAAUAGUAACACAUUCAACAGUCGAUUCAUACCAUUGAGUAGUAGCAGUAGCAACAGUAGAGAAAAUGAUAAGAGUAGUAAUAACCAUAACAACAACUUAUUUCAGCAGCUGGGUGUCGAUUCCACUAGUUCUCCUACUUCCCACUCAAAUGCAUUUGCAAGUUUGACGAGUCAAUCUCAACAACAACCAUUUUUAUUCUCUAUGAGCAAUACAGAUUGGAUAAAUAAUGAUGUUUUGUUCAACGAUAAUAUACUAAAUAAUGGAAGUAGCGAACCAUCAAUCGAAUCAAUAUCUACGACCAAUGUGACUAAUAGCACAGCAUCUAAGACCACCAAUGGCUUCAAUACAGUUAUCCUUAACAGCAAUGUUGCUUUGGAUCAUUGUAGUGAUAAAGCGUUAAGCUCCAUCAAUAAUAUACUGACGGAUGCAGUUAUGUCGUCUGUAAGGCCAGCCCAAACAGCAACAUCGCCAAAACCAGUACACACUAGCUCAAAUCAACAACAACAACAUCCACAUCAGCAACCUGUAUACCCGUCUCCGCAUUUGGACCCCUUCAAGCCUUCUACGGAGCAUCAGCUUCAGAAUAAUUUUUUCUACAAUUUCAAAUACCAAGAGAACAACCACUCUUCUUCUCCAGCUCAAAACAGCAACAAUUAUACCAUGGAUAAUAACACCUUUAUAUCUGUUAAUAACGAUGGACUUGAUAUUCCUUUAUCAAGGCCUUUUGAUACAAAUAAUAUGGAAACUACUACGCCUAUGAAUACUACCAUCAGCACCAAGGUAGCUACCCCAGAUUCUAGUAUCAGCGAAAGCACUGCACCAGUGACUGAUGGUACUAUGAAAAGCAUUUUUUCUCCUGCAUCCUCAUCUUCAACCCACCAACAGCCUCAAACAUCAAUGCAACAGAUACAACAACAGUUAUCGCCACCGAUACAACCUCAGCCCUUGGACACUUCUUCCAUAGCAACAUCAAAAACAAUCAACAGGUCAGCAAUGCCUCCCAUUACGAACACCGCACCCUUAUCGGAAGUCAAUCAUACCACUCCACCCUCCAAAAAACCGAGAAUAACCGGCGCAAACGUCACAGCAGAAAACAUAGUCGAUGGAUAUAUUCAGUUCGUGCUUAGCCACGAUGCUGCCUAUAUAAACGAUGGCAUUGAAAGCCUCGUUUUUGCAAAGCGCAAAUUUCAAUCGGUUCCUAAAACAGGCGAUAUCACUUAUACUACAUGGGAUAUAUUUCAACUUGUCAAAAAACUACAUCACCAAGAGAUCAAGAACUGGUCUCAAUUAGUAGGUCAGUUAGGAUUACAAGACAUGGCAGGUCGACCACAAUUUGCGCAGCGCGUGAAGCGUUGGAUGCAUAAGUAUAAGAUAGACUGUUAUUUUGAUUAUUUGCUGGGGAAUGAGUAUGAGUUUAACCCGCCUGAUGAUAAAUACUCGCAUUGCCUAUUGAUCGGAAACUAUAAACGAAAAGGAACAGCCACUACAGCCGCAAGCCAUACAGCAGCAGCAGCAGCAGUCAAUAUACCCGAACAAACAUCUUUGCUGGAUGACGAUGAUAUGACAGAUGAUACCAUGAAUGCCGCUGCGACUACUGCUAACAAUGGAAAGCAAGCACGCUUACCUAUUUUAAUGGCAGGCAGCAGGAAGAGAAUGAGAGAGAAUAAUCAAAAUAUAUAUGAAAACUCACAAAAGUUUGCCAAGACUCACCAUGAGGAAGAAGAGGAGGAUAGAGAGUCAGUCGAGGAGGACUUACAGCACGAUGAGGCAAAGGAUAAUGAUCAACACCCAGGCAUUGGUAAGGAGCAUGAUGAUUUGGACCAAACGCAACAACAACAACAACAACAAGAAGAAGAAGACGACGACGAUGACGAAAUGGAAUUUGCAGGUCAAGACGAGCAAGAUGACAUAAAACAGAAUGAUGAUGAAGAAGACAAUGAGACCGAUGAUGAAGAGGAAGAGGAAGAGGAAGAGUUAGUCGAUGAAAUAGAUGAACUGGCAUCAUCCUCUUCUUCACCUACAUCACCUAUCUUGACAGCGUUACUCUCUCCUAAAAUAGCACCAAGUAAAGAGCCUAUCGAUGCUAAAGUUACCAACACCUCAAAAGUUUUCGCCAUUUCCUCACUUAUAAAAUCACCAUCAGCAACAAUACCUUGCCCUAUAGAUCGACAAACUCAAACAGAGCAAUCGUUAAUAUCUCUUUUACCAUCUAUUCCGCCCUUAUCUAGUUGUUCAAAUUGCAAAAAUGCAGAAAAAGAAGUCAACCGCUUGAAAGCCUACGUUUUACAAUUAGAGACACAAGUAGAAAGGCAGGAUAAACAAAUCAAUAAAUUGCUCAGAUUACGUGAUAGAACAGAGAAAUGGAGAAAACAGAUCAUUUCGGAUUUAGCCCGAGGACCUACAUUGACGAGUGCUUCUGAUAACGAGAAUAGCAUUGAUUCUUAUGAUGAAGAAGACGAUGAAGAAGAAUAUGAAGCGGGGCAUACAACAGGAACUACAAACUCUGAAGAGCUCCAUAGAUUGUGAGCUCUAUCUUCUUUUUAAAAUGCUUAAUGUACUGUCCAAUGCUUUUCUGUAAAUGAUAUUAUUUAUUUCCAAUCCUUGUAUAUAUUUCUUCCAUUUCCCCUCCUCUCCGCCCCCUUUUACCCAUAAUAGUGUAUUUUCUCGAAUAAAGCUGAGCGUAAAGCCUUACAAUGGCUGAGGACUGACACGCACGAUAAUAUGAGC